AACAGUGCUGAGAUGAGGCUGUUUCCCAAGGAUUUAGUUCUGUGGUCUGUCAGGAAUGAAAGGAUUUAAAACAAAAAACCAAAACCCAAUAUAUUAUGCCAAAAUAUGUAGAAACUGGUUUAAGUACCUGAUAUUUCUGGUUCAAACAAUGUGUCCCCUUUAGGUCAGGAGCUCUUCCAUGACAUCACAGAGCUCUCAGAAGUCCAUAGAAUCAGGUCAGAAAUGAGGCUGAUGUUUCCCAUCCAGAAUAAGAGUUACAGCAUCCGGUUGCAGAGAGGUAUCAACAAUAGGUAGAAACUGAAAGCAAUCAAAACGUACCAGGUGCAGAGCAGAAUACUGUAACCAUGAAUGACAUCGCACAGAAAACAGAGAUUCUGCUUUCUUCAUCUAAACCCGUCCAAAAGUCCUAUGUGCCCAAGCUUCACAAGGGUGAUGUAAAGGAUAAAUUUGAAGCUAUGCAGAAAGCAAGGGAAGAAAGAAAUCAAAGGAGAUCUAGAGAUGAAAAGCAAAGAAGAAAAGAACAAUAUGUUAGAGAGAGAGAAUGGAACAGGAGAAAGCAGGAGAUGAAAGAACUGCUUGCGUCUGAUGAAGAUGACGAUUCAAAGUCACCUAAGACAGAUAAAGGUUACGUUCCAAAGCUAAUAGGAACUGUUAAAGGCAAGUUUGCCGAAAUGGAGAAGCAAAGACAAGAAGAAGAAAGAAAAAGAACGGAAGAAGAAAGAAAGCGCAGAAUUGAGCAGGAUAUGAUUGAGAAAAGAAAAAUUCAAAGAGAAUUAGCCAAAAAAGCACAGGAGAUUGAUGACUUUAACAAUACGGGAACUGAAUCAGCAGCAGAGGAAGGGGAUGCUUCUCUACUGGUUACGGUAGUGCCCGUAAAGCCCAACAAAACACCUGGGAAGAUGAAAGUAAACUUUGAUAACACAGGAAAAGAAAGAGCAGAACAAAAAGGCAGACUGGAUGAAGAAAUGAAGCUUAAAUAUGAGGAACAAAAGGAAUUCCUUAAGGAAACCAAGUGCUUUUCAUUUCUCACGGGUGAAAAUCAGGACAAUGAAACACAAGUGUCUCCCGGUAAGCUGAAGGUAACUUUUGAAGAACUUGAAAGACAAAGACAGGAAAACCAAAGGCGGCAAGCAGAGAUAGAAGCAAAGCAGCGUUUAGAAGAGGAAAAACGUGCCUUUGAAGAAGCCAGACAGCAGAUGAUAAAUGAAGGUGGCCAUGGAGAAUCUGAAAAUUCUGGUAGAGAAUUCCGUCCUGGUAAACUUAGGCUCAGUUUUGAGGAGAUGGAAAGACUGAGGAGAGAAGAGGAAAAGAGGAGAGCAGAACAAGAUGCAAGGAGACGCAUAGAAGAAGAGAAAAGGGCAUUUGCUGAAGCACGGAAGAACAUGCAGGUGCUGGAUGAUGAUGAACCACCAGAAAUGUUUAAGACAUUUUCUCAAGAAUCUCUCAUCCCUGGUAAACUGGAAAUUAAUUUUGAGGAGAUGCUGAGACAAAAGAUGGAAGAAGAAAAGAGACGCACAGAAGAGGAACGCAGGCAAAAACUGGAAAUGGAAAAGCAAGAAUUCCAACAGCUAAGACAAGAAAUGGGAGAGCUGGAAGAGGAAUCUGAAACUUUUGAGCUAAGCAAAGAAUAUGAAGAAUUAAUAAAGCUAAAAAGAAGUGGUUCUAUCCAAGCAAAGAAUCUGAAAAGCAAGUUUGAGAAAAUAGGACAAUUGUCUCAAGAAGAAAUACAGAAGAAGAUUGAAGAAGAACGAGCCAAAAGAAGAGCAAUGGAUGAAGAAAUAAGAGAAAGGGAAGCUGAGAAGUUUCAGGAGGAUGAUGAGGUAGAUGUGAGACCAGCCAAGAAAUCCGAGGCUCCAUUUACUCAUAAAGUAAAUAUGAAGGCACGUUUUGAGCAAAUGGCAAGGGCUAGGGAAGAAGAAGAACAGAGGAGAAUUGAAGAACAAAAAUUACUACGCAUGCAGUUCGAACAAAAAGAAAUUGAUGCAGCAUUACAGAAGAAAAGGGAAGAGGAAGAAGAUGACGAGGGAAGCAUCAUUAAUGGUUCUGCUUAUGAAGAUGAGGAAGACCAAGCCCGAUCUGGAGCUCCCUGGUUUAAGAAGUCACUGAAAAACACAUCAGUUGUUGAUGGUGAGCCAGUGAGAUUUACAGUUAAAAUUACUGGAGAACCGAAACCUCAAGUCACAUGGUGGUUUGAGGGGGAAAUGUUGCAGGACUCUGAGGACUAUCAAUAUAUUGAAAGAGGAGAAACCUACUGCCUUUACUUGCCUGAAACCUUCCCAGAAGAUGAAGGUGAAUAUAUGUGUAAAGCAGUCAACAACAGAGGCACAUCUGCUAGCACCUGUAUUCUCACCAUUGAAAACUACAAUUUUGGAGAGCUGAAAGAUAACCGCUACAUUUAGUACAAACCAGCAUGCCUGUAAGCUCUGCAGUCACAAAGUCAAUACACCUCAAGUGCUAUAUGCUGAGGUAAGAAACCUUCCACACCCUAGCAACAUUCCAAUAAACUGGCUUUCUUCUUUAUUUCCUCCCACUGGCUAAAACUUACUGCAAUAUUGUUAAUAAUAUUUUAGGAACAACAGUUGUUAAGAAAAAAAGUACCACGUAAAAGGAAGUGAAGAAAUGACUCACCCCACCACUAAAUUCACAGUAUCAAAAUCCAAACAGUACACACCUAACUUGUGUCAAAAAUGAAGUCAAAUUGCAUAUUACACUACAGAUAAUCAAAUAUUAAGUAGCUUGAGAAACUAAACGACAACUAUUGAUUUAGUUCAAAAAGUCAAGAUAUCUAAGCUUGACCAUAUAGAAGAAUAUAAAUUAAAACUGCUUAAUAUUAUUAAAUCACACAUUAAAAAAAAAAAAAAAACCAACAAAAAAACAGAUCAUGGAACAAUUAUGGUCAAACAAAUAAUACUUUAAAGAAUGAAAAGUGAUCAAAACAAAAAUCAUACCCUACACCAUGGGAUACAUUUCAAAUCUGUUAUGCUUUUGCCAAUUUUACCUUCUACAUGGAGCCCUUCUACGGUCCAUGCUCAUCGGCUCACCAAUGGCAUACACUCAAAGGAUUCCUCUUUACUGGUAGUAACUAUCUCAGGACCUGAUUCUAUGAGCUAUGAUUUGGUGCUUGCAGCAUCUUCAGCACUGUGUGUGAAAAUGAAGGCAGUAUUUUUGAAUAUUUUUCUUCAAUGUACAGAUAAGCAGGACUUUUGAAAGAGGAGCAGCACAUUUCAGAAACAGAAUCAUCAACAACAAAAAACAAACAGAUGCUGCUUUACUUUAAGCUUAAAAAAAAUAAAAAAGAAAACCUGUACCAGACCAUCUAUAAGACAUACAAACAUUUGCAACUAUCAAAAUAUACAGCAAUUCAGUUUAAGUAUCAAGGAACAAGAUACACUGACUGAUAUACGGAGAAAAUAUCAUUUGCUGUAUCAUUAACAUUUAAUUGGUGCUUUUCCAAGUAAAACAUACUAAUCUGUGAAACUCCAGAUUCUAUUUUCCUACCUUGUCAAGUAUGAAUUAGCAAACUAAGUUAUCUAAAAAUGCCACUAUCACACUGUAACUCUAAGACAAGUCAUCAAGUUCAGCGGCAACACGAAGUUAUAUUCUUUGUAUUUACGUCUUAUGGAUUGAGUGAGAACAGUGCCCUACUGUAAAAAACAUUUGUGAAGGCUGUUGACAUUUCUAUCACAAGUAAUUCCUGCAUAUUUUAAAGGUUUUGAUUCUUUAAUUGCAACAAGUAGCUACUGGAAGAAAAAGAACAAGAAUGACUACUUAUUCUGCUCCACUUCAAUUACUGCAGUCCACUCAACUUUUCUUACAAAAAAAAUAUACAUAUUUACCUAGAAAUAUAAACAGUUGUUUAAAAACUUAAAAAAAGACUUUCCACUGAAAUGGAACCGUGAGUAACAAUGCAUUUGGGAAAGCAGAAGAUUGCUUUUCAAUACACAACCACAAAGAUCUCACAGGGACAACAUUAAUGUACUGAAAUAUUUAAAUUUAUAUACUUCCUUAGGUUGUGCUUACCUGUUGCUUUUUUGCAGCAGAACCUAAGGUGGAAGGUCUGGGAAGGCACUGUGAAGUAUAAAUAAUUGCACUGUUUGCAAUUAAUAAAGAUUUUAUACCUUAAAUGAAUCAAAAUCAACAGCCUCCAUUUUGUGAAUGAUAAAGAAUCCAGUGAAUUCAAUUUUGCUCAGUUUAGUACAUAACAAAUGCACCAUUCUUUACGAUUAUCUACAAAAUACCAUGCAAAAUAUCUCAACUAUUAUACUUCAUACCCUACACUAAAGAUAGCAAAUACCCUCCUAUCCUUUAUAAGGUACCAGAAUAAUUCCUAAUUGUUAAAGGGAUAAAAAUAAUUCCUUCCAUUUCUACAGCACAGUACAUACAUUGCUAAUUACCUGAAUAGACUACUUCAAAUUUCAAGCCUCAACUUUUAUUUCUCUGUGCAGCCACCCUAAAAAAAAUUUAUUCUCAAAGCAACAAUACGUUGUUCCAAGAAGAUAAAGUAACAGUUAUAGAAUUAAAACAUACCUACAUCACUACAUAUCUGCAAACUAUCUGACGACAAAAACAACUGGCUAUCAAGUGGUUCCAAAAACUUCAAUGUUACAAUAUGCAUACUUUAAUACACUGAAUGAUAGAGCUGUCUCACGAGUACUAAAGAAAAUACUAUUACUCAGAUAAACAGCAACAUAAUUGGUUUUUUUUUUUUGCUAUUGCUAUACCAUUCAGGAAUACUUACCCACAAAGCUCACAUUAUGUGUAUGUAAUAUGUAUAUACGCAAACCUAUGUUUCUGAAUCAAGAAGCAAUUACAGUUUCCUAAGAUAUCAGCACUGUAUUCCAACAUAAUAUUCACACAAGUAUGGCAUUUGCAUUAUGUGGAACAUUGACAAAAAGAUACUGUUGCAGUUCAUCAAUUUGUCAUUCUGAUGUACUUACAGUGCAAUGCUCCUUGAAGGAACAAUCAAGGAUGAUACACAGCACAGUCCUCCUCACCCCUACAGAGCUAGUUCUAUACUGGCUGGAUCAAACCUGCACUUCAACAGACAAUGGCAAGACAGACUGUAUUGCAUGUUGUCUAAUAUAUGCAAAGAGCCAAUAAAUAUGCAAAGAGCAAACAGGAUUUCAAGAGAAUCAGAUGUUUAGUAUGAGCAUUAGAGCAAUAAGAAAUUUCAAGUAUAUAAAAAAAAUAAAAAUCAAUCGAUUCAAGUACUUGAGUAUUUAUGAAAAUAGAAGUUAUCUGCUCUGCAGGAAGUUCUCAACCACUCCCCAUCAAACAAAACAGCGUUUCAAGGACAGAUGCAAUUUCUGUAACUACUAUGCAUACCACAUUCACUUUUCUACACUGAAUUUUGAAGUGGACUACUUUUAACUGAAGGCUUAAGCACAUUACUUAAAAUAAAUGUUAUAACUAGCCUGAAAAAAUCCUCAAAGUAAUUACGCAGGAACAGGUUUGAAGUAUUCAACUAAAAACAAAAGUCAUCUGUUGUAACAGCUGCACAGAUCUGAAACAGUGGUCACAUGUAAAAGGAAAUUUCACUGUUAAUGCAAUGGAAGUAUGCCAAAAGAUCAUCAUAAACACAUGCAGUUUUAAUCAAAUAGAAAGAAAAUUAAGAUAUCAAGAUCACUGGUGCUAGGCAGCAAAAUACAACGAACAAAAGAGAUCCUCCAUCUACAACUAUUCUGCAAGAGGGGAAAAACAUGCUAACGACAACUGUUUAAACUCAACAAAGUUCCAAGGGGGGAAAAAAAAAUAAUCUCAAUUGUGUACAGGUACCUUGAUUCUGCGUUGUAAAUCAAUCCUAUAAUUCUUUAAAUACCCACAUAUCCAACUUACCGACACAGGAGGUUUCAUAUUAUUUAUUGUAAAGCACAAAACAGGCAUUUUAAAAGUGAUAAAGAAUACAUUGAAAAAGUACAUUUAUAUCACAAAGCAUUGACCACAUAAUUGCAAAUACAUUUGCUGGAAUGUGUACAUCUACACUAAUACUAAAAACAAACCAUUUUUCAUUUCUACACAGAAAUAUUACCUCCUAUCAGUAGUGAUAGAUAUUUUGUACAUUUUCAAAAACACUAUUUUUUUUCUUUUUUUUUUUUUUAAACCAAACAAAAUUAAGAUCUUCAUCAAGGCGUCUGCAUCCAUACAUUUAACAAAGGUAUUUUCCCCCACACAAUGAAGCAAAUACUGUAUUGUCCACUUCUUAUUAUUGGCCCUGUGCAGAAGAGAUACAUAAGAGAUACACAACAAGUUAAAGAAAAUCCAUUAAAUCGAGCUAACUCAGGAGUGAAGCCUUUAAGAAAGAAAAAUUGGUUAAUGUAAAUGGUGGUGGCUUCUUGCAUGGUUUUCAAAACCCUGGGAGGAGAAAGUUUUUUUCUUUUUCUUUUUUUUUUUUUUAAAUUAAAAUCACCAAACACACAGAUAGAUACAGAAAUCAAGUUAUCAUGUAAACAACGUCAUCUAUUAAUUAUUCUGAUAACAGGUACUGUGCUAGGAAAAAAAAAAAAAA